AUGUUGUCAAUUCUCUUGCUGACUACAACUACCAACCAAUUAGUACCAGUGGGAGGAGAUGAUAGAAAUAUGAAAAAGUGUUUGGAUAAUGAGAGAGAAGCUCUCCUUCUGUUCAAAGCUCCCCUUCAUGACCCCCAUGGUCGUCUCUCUACAUGGAGAGCUGACGAACAUGACUGCUGUAACUGGAGCGGAGUCACGUGCAACAAUCAAACAGGUCAUGUCACAAUGCUAGAAAUUGGCUACCGUAAUCUUGAAGAGUUUGGAAACCUCACCAACUUGCAAGUGCUUUACCUUUCAAAUGUUGGAAGGUGUAGAGUUGAAAAGGUAGAGUGGUUGUCUCAUCUCACUCAUUUGGAGGAACUUGAUAUGGAUGGGAUUUCCCUAGCAAAAGCAGAGAAAUGGGUGGAUGUAAUUCUGAGUCUCCCGAAACUCUCAUGGUUAAGUUUAAGGAGAUGUGAGCUGUCACAGGUCAUGUAUCCAUAUUCUUCUUCAUUUCUCAACUCUUCUUCUUCUUCUUCAUCAUCUUUUUUUAGACUUGAUCUUGGAUACAACAAUCUCACCUCAUCCAUGUAUCAUUGGUUGUACCCAUUAACCACCAAUAUCCCCAUUUCUCUUGGUCUCAAUGGCAACAUGUUAGAUGGGAUACCCAAAUAUUUUGGUAACCUCUCUAGUUUGACUGGAUUGUCAUUCGCUGACAACUCUGUUGCUCUUAACUUUCCUGAUUUUCUCAACAACUUGUCUCUUGGAUUACGAUCAUUGUUUGCUUUCAAGAACCAGUUUACAGGGUCAUUGUCAGAUGACAUCCAAAAGUUUUCAUCCCUACGAUACUUGGACCUAUCUCAUAAUCACUUAAAUGGAAGUAUAAGUGAGAAACUGUGGGAACUACCCAGGCUUGAAUACCUUGACCUUUCUUUUAAUAAUCUUACAGUUCCUUCCACAUAUCACUUGUCAAACAUCUCUUAUGUUAAAUAUCUUGAUCUGAGCUCUUGCAAGCUGCUAGAGCCUCGCUUCCCCAAGUUGAUUCAGACACUCAAAAAUCUUACACAUCUUGAUCUUUCCAAUACUGGAAUUUCAGACACCAUUCCUCUGGAGUUUUGGGACGCGUGGCCUUCUCAAUUAAAAUAUCUGAAUCUCUCUUCCAAUAACAUUAGCGGGAAAGUACCAGAUUUAUUAUCAAAUUUUGCCAAAGAUUAUUCAGAGAUGGAUUUGAGUUCCAACAGCUUUAAUGGUCCGAUACCGAAUGUUACUACCACUUUGACAUCGUUAAAUCUUUCCAGAAACAAAUUCACUGGAGUAAUCUCCUUUAUAUGCCAAAUUGUUGAUGGGCUCUUAUACUUUCUUGACCUUUCUCAUAACUCAUUAGUCGGACAACUCCCAGACUGUUUGUGGCAUUUCAAACACCUAAGAGUUCUCAAUCUCGGACACAACAAUCUGUUUGGAAGUCUUCCUCCCUCUAUUGGAUCUAUGAUAGAACUCAAGGUGUUGUAUUUAUUCAAGAACAGUUUCUCUGGCGAAUUGCCUUUGUCUUUAAAAAAUUGCACGAGUUUAAUCUCGUUGAAUUUGGGGGCCAACAAGUUUUCUGGUACUGUACCUGUCUGGAUUGGGGAAAACUUAUCAGGUUUGUAUGUUCUUAUCCUAAGAUCAAACAAAUUCAUUGGAACCAUCCCUUUACAGUUAUGUCAGUUACCUAAUCUUCAAGUUUUGGACUUGUCAAUGAACAAUCUCCAUGGAAGCAUCCCCUCAUGUUUGAGUAAUCUUACAAGCAUGGUUCAACAAGGAGGAUUCUCACAAGAUGUGCAGUAUUAUAGAAAUGUAACUGAUAAUAUAUUUGCAUUGGAGACAUAUGUUGACCAUGCAAUGAUAGAGUGGCAAGGAGAUGAACGUGAAUUCUUUAGCACUCUGAAAUUAUUGAAGACCAUUGACCUAUCAAGCAACAGAUUUGCAGAUGAAGUGGAGGAUGAUGACCCCAUUUCUAACUCAACAAACUGCACCCAAGUAGAUCUUUUGUGUCUUCCACUCCAUUAG